AUGAUUUCCCUUUUUCCUUCUAGCGGUGUCGCGUCGCGCAUUCGUUCCCCCUCCCCCGAUCUAGGUCCCUCCGCAUCUUCCGCCAAUUCGGCGUUCUCUCUGCCAUCGCCGCCGCCGCCAUCCUCCACUCAGCCAUUCAGCUUCAGGGUUGAUUCACAUUUGACUGUCCCAUUGACCUCGUUUCCUACUUCGCCUCGAGUGUCGAGUUUUUCGACCGCUGAUUCCCCUGGCCGGUCAAUCUCCCGCAGCGUAACGCCGAACCCCCCGAACUCACUGCCCGUCCUACCCAAAUACCGAGGCGCUUGGGAAUCAUCGACUUCAUCACCGGAAAAUAGAAGGGCAGAAAGCAGCGUCUACUACACAACCGCCUGGGGCUCGCCGUAUGCUGCACCCAGCCCUCGGACAAUUUCGUGGUCAUUGAGUCAGUCCGCCGUUGCUGUUGAUCGUGGUUCCGGAAAUAGCUCUCCGGCCUCGAUGCGCAGUGGUGUCCAACACGGUCUUGAAACGAGUAACACCGACCUUCUCAGACCUUCUGCCCGAGACAACUCAACCCGACGCCCGUAUAGUCGUCUGUUGAGCCGGUCCCCGUUCGGUAGGAAAGGAGGAAAGUCAAUCAAGGAUUUCACACAGGACUGGAUCAAUCAGUACCUCUCAGGUCAACCCAGGACUGAGCGUGGUAACUGGCUAAGUGACGAUUCGGGAAGCGAGGCUCCCUCGUUCUUCACAGCGCAGAACUUCGCGGAAGACACUUCUGACGAUUGGCUGGGCCUGGAACAAGACGCCCGCGACGAAGAUCUUCUGAGAACUCCAACCCUCGCCGACUUCGGCAGCCGAAAAGCAGUCACCGGUCGCGGUGAAGGCAGCAGGAGAAAUAAGGAGUACCAACACAAGAGAACGGAUACGUUGCGGCAGGAAGACUUCUGGGGUUUCGCCUACGAUAAGGAUCCCCCGUUGAUAACCAUGGAUUCCACAGACAUACACACCGCCGCCGGACCGUCGCAACACCAGGCUCCAUCCUUAUCGAUAGAGAAGCCGUUGCCUUCACCCCCGGUGGACGAGGUCAAAGAUGCCCCAUCGAGUACGGAACACUUUCCAGAAUCCAUCGAUUCCCCGGCUGUGAAAAGCCAGGGAUCUGAGCAGAGCAUUGUCCAACCGCCCGUGCAACGACAAAGGAAGAAGCUUAUUUGGCGGGGGAAAGUAUGCAAUAUCGCGCUACCGUUCGAUGACAGACGAGGCACCGAGGAGUCUGGCUACCGACUUUUGACUCUCGAUGACGUCGAAGAGCGAUUGAGGAGCCUCAAUGAACAAGGCUACGACACCCGCGGGUUCAGUGUUUGCGCAUCGAAUGACUCGACAGAUUUGGAAUUGGGUGGCUUGAGUCGCCCAAUUUUUCCUGAUCCAGGAGAAGUGCACGAAGAGUUUGCGUCUGGGAGUUAUAGCGUCGGUAUUCCUAACAAAGCCGAUUGGGAUGCGUAUGUCGCCUUCCUCCAAGAGGAGAAACUGCGGGCUCUGGGCGUAUCCUUGGGAGAUGACGAGCCCAAGCCGUCCAUUUCACCCGCUAUGAGCCAGAUGGCCUCGUUCCCUGGCUUAGUGUCGUCGCCCCCGAUCCCAACAGCAUCAGCCGCUAGCAAUCCGUUAUCCAUGUCUCAUCGCUUCUCCCCGCAAUUAAACCAACCUGGAAAUCCCGCAGCUGGCUUGUGUUCGCUGGCUUCUCCGGCCUCACAAUUCAGUAUACAAACACCGUUUUUGGGUGUGGAUCAGAACCUCAUACCGCCAUACUCUAUGCCGUUUCAACCUACUCCGCCGGCUCAAAAUUCCCUUACGCCUCAAAGUUUCUUCAACCCUCGGCAACCUGGCGCUGGUUCCACCUUGCCUGGCACGCUACCUAACCUUACCUCGAUCCUGUCGCCCGUUUCGCCUUUGAAUGAACAAAAUGCUUUCCACCCCGGCUACAACGAUCCCGCAUUCGCGGAGCCUGGCUAUGGGGAGCAAAUGGGCCUUCCGAAGGAUGUGUACGGCGAUCACGAUGUGCUUGGUAAUGCUACUGAAGGCCAUCUGUUACGCCCUCUUCACACUCCCACGGAGAACCUCGAUAAUUUCCAUGCCUCUACUGUCGAAAUUGCCCAGCCCACGCCCCGCGGUCACAGUCGCGGCCACAACUUGAGCGAAACACUCCAGAAGGGCCUGGACAGCUUCACUCCGGCCUACCACUUGGAAGAAUCUUUUGACAGGCAACCAUUCGAUGACGGCAAUCGCGGACAACAUCUGGGCCACUUUGAUGGCAGUGAGCUUCUGAAGUCGCAGUGGGCUUUCGGAGGAGACAACAUGGGUGUGCAGCAGCUACCGCAUCACAUGCACCAAUUCUACGACGGGAACUAUUCUGAAGAGAUCGCGCAUGAAGGGUCCGACAUCGAUACCAAUCCAAGCCUUUCUGGCACACCUAGGCAUGGGCCACAUGCCAACAACGUGCCUUGGCAUCAGUCCAGACCUAGUGGCAGCUCCUAUAUUGGCGGACAUCGUUCGAAGCUUUCAACAUCGUCUCUCAAUGUUGACGCUAAAGAAUUCAAACCCACUGCAGCGCCGUCAUCCCAACCGUUCGCAAACCAAGACAACUCGUUCCAAUUCCAAGCGGGCGGGAGUCCUGUGUUUACAUUUGGCUCGCAAUCUGAAUUUAAGCCUGGUAACAAUGGCUUCGAUACCAAAACUCCCUCCUUUACCCCUGGUGCUUCCAAUAACACCACUAAACGAACCACUGGAUCGGGUGAAUUCAAAUUCUCCACAGCCUCAUUCAAUGUUGCAGCCCCUGCAUUCAACCCUGGUGGUAGCACUUACUCUGCCGCGCCGCAAGAAUCCACAAGUGCUGGAACCAAGAUCUUCAGCGACGUCGACCUUUCCCAAGCGUCGUCGAAAGCCUCUAAGAAAUCCAAAGCUAUUCCCAUUGUACGGCCUGAUGAUGUCAACGAGGAUAACAGAAGCAAGGAUGAGGGUGAGCAUGAUAAUGGCAGGCCAGGUCGUCCAGACCGUCACAAGCGUGCUCGCCGUGGCGAUGAACUUUCAGAGACCGAAGCCCAGCUUAGCGUGCCUGCUGCGCUAGCCGAGGCGACCAACCUUCAAUCCGCUCACAUGCGCCAGCCAUCCCAUACAUCCGCUGAUGGCAAAGAGAACAUUGUGCCUGAGGAUGGAGGAGCACUCCCAGCGAUCCCGAAACCUAUCUCGGCCCAAGACGACAAAUUUGCCGAACGGAAGGACACUCCCAUCAGCGAAGCUUCCACCUGGAUUCCUCAGGAGAUGAAGAACGAAAGUGCUGUUGCAGCGCCAGAGUCUGAAUCUGAAAUCAAGCACACAGAGCCGGAGCCGUUGUAUGAAGUCCAGAAAUCCAUCGAGCGCGACGCUGUCCAAGAAGAGCAAGGGCGAGCUGUUCCGGUACCUGCGGAUAAAGUCUUACCAUCCACUGAGCUGGGAGCUUCUGUCACUCAGGAACGCUCGAAGAGUUCCGCUAGCCCUCAGGCCACACCGAAACGUGAGCGAUUGCCCGAGCCAGCUCAUCUGGAAGAUGAUGAAGACUCUCCCGAUGAGGAAGAGCUUAAUGCUAUUAUGGAGCAGCUUAACGACGAUUCGGACGUCGGUAUUGAGCGGAUAAGCACACCUCAGACUAAUGGUGGUGUGCCUGAAUCUGUCAUGCAUGUGACCAAAGAAAAGCGCCACGUUCCUGCUGAAAUCAGAAGCGAGGCCCCAAGCCCAAGCCCAGGACGUGGCCCAGCUCCUCACACAUUGGACGUUCCUAAGCUUGACUUUGAAGCUCAAUCGCAGUUCUCCGCCUCUCCAUCAAAGGGUGCAGUUUCUGGCUUCCCCUCGCCGAUUCGUCAGCUUGUGAGCCGUACCGAGCACAUCAGCGAUUGGGACGAUGUAAUCUCCUCAGGCGAAGAUGAGAAACUGGUAAACCGAAGCAGGUUCUUUGAUCGCCAUAUCAACGACCUCGUGGGUACAACUAUCGACGAACGGCUGGGGCCACUAGAGCGAGCACUUGGGGUGAUUCAAGAGUCUAUCAUGGCUAUCCCAUCUGGCUCUCAUACCAGACUUUGGAGCGCAUCUGCCGACGGCGACAAUAGCGAUGCUGACGACGAAGAGGAUGCGUACGAGGAAAAUGAGUCGUUCAGUACAAGAUCACACAUGCGUCAGAGAGAAAAGCUUGAUAAGCUGAAAGCGGUCGUUUUGGAAGCACUCGCUGCUCACGCACCCCAGCAAGUCAAGGACGAACACGCGGUUUCCGAACUUGCCCAGCUACGGGAAAGCGUCUCGGCGUUACAAGCCCUGACCAUUCAGAAGUUGUCACAGGACCCGGUAACAGAGCUCAGAGAGAUGAUGCAAGAGUUGGUUUCAAGCCAGCGUGAUGCGCGUUCGUCGGAGACGGAUGAGGUUCCCGCUGAAAGUCUGAUGCUCCAGAUUGAAGGCCUGAAGAACAUGCUUCGACUAUCUGAUGAGCGAGCGGACCAAGAGUACAAGCUUCGCAGAGAAGCCCAAGACUCUGUUGCAGAACUUCAGCGGCUUCUCAAGGUGGUUGAAGAAGAUGCUGUUCGUCAUAGUGAGGCUGCAGAAUCUGCUGAGGCCCGGUUGCUGCACUUCAAGGCUGAGAAGAUCCCUUACUAUGAGACUGUUCAGCACAAGGCCGAUACGCUUGAGCAAGAGCACGAAACCUUGAAAUUCACUCUUGCCGAACUCUCGUCUAAGAACAUCUCGCUCCAGGGCACUCUCGAUGAAUACCGGGUCACAGCCGACAACUACAAGCGAGACAGCGAGCAAUCCAAGGCUGCUCUUGAGGAGGCCAAGGCCGAGAACAAGAGUCUACGUGGCAUCGUUGAGCAGUUGAGGACACGCCUCGAAGACGGUAUGAGUGUCCGGCAGAACCUCGGUAACAAGCUGGAUCGUCUCCAAGAGGAGAUGGCGACGGUAAUUCGGGACGUGACUCAUGAUCAAUCUUCAUGGCGCCGGCGGGAGGAGGAGCUCAAUUUCAAGUACAAUGAAUUGCGUGCUGCUUACGGGCGCGAGACGAAGCUGCGCGAGAAAUUGGAGUAUGACAUCGAUGGGCUCGAAGAAAAGGAACGCGAAGCAGCGAAGCUGAAGUUUAUCUUCGGUCAAUCCCAACAAGAGAAUGCAAGGCUUGAAGAGCUGGUGGCGAACUUGCGUCUGCAGAACCACGAUUUGGAGCUCAAGGCAGCUCGGUUCGAGCGUGAGUUCAAUGAGGCGCGCGAGAGCAGUCGCAUCGAAAUCCAACGCACCAGAAACUCACUGGAAUCGGAUCUGGAGGCCGCUAACAGCCAAGUCAACAUCGUGCGGGCUGAAUUAGAAGCACAGAUUCUUCGCCUGCAGAGCCAGAUGGACAAUGUGCGACUCGACAAUGACACGGCUCGGGAACGCUACGAGAUGUUGUUGGAAGAGGCGGCCGAGACAAAGGUCAAUGCCCUGGCAGCAGCCGCUCAAGCCCAAGAGCUGGCCAUUGAAGAACAGCGCCGAAACCACGAACGCGUUCUCAACGAUCUCCGGGAACGCCACGCCCGUGCUCUGCACAAUGCCUCUGAGGAUAGACAGCGAAACGAAGGUCAUCUGCUGGAACGGUUGGCGCUGUCUGAAGACAAGGCCAACCAUCUUCACGACCGAGUGCAGCAUCUUGAGGAAAGACUUCAGAUCGCCCAGGAAGCUGCUCGUGCUGCCGCGGAAGCUGCUCAGUCUGCUAAGUCGGGCCCUGCCAUCGCACAGUCUGCGCAUGCCAGUACGCCUUCGAUGUCAUAUCCCAAUGGCUCCAUGGUCCCUGAGAAGAUUUCCCCUCAAGCAUUGAGAGAAUCGAUUCUGGUUCUUCAAGACCAGUUGCAGCAACGUGAAACUCGCAUUGAAGAGCUCGAGCAAGAAAUCUCUACCGUUGAUAAGGAAGCGCCCAGCAAGAUCAAGGAGAGGGAUACCGAAAUCAACUGGCUGCGUGAGCUGCUUGGUGUCCGGAUUGAUGAUCUUCAGGACAUCAUCAACACCGUGUCGCAGCCAUCCUUCGAUCAACAUGCUGUCCGCGACGCCGCCAUUCGCCUGAAAGCCAAUCUACAGAUGCAGCAACAGGAGAGAGAGAGAGUGCACUCGGGACAGGCUUUCCCGAGCCUUCCUUCGCUUGCGGAACUGACUGCUUCCCCGCGCUCGCUUCCACUUGCGGCCGCGGCGGCAUGGGGCAACUGGCGCAAGGGGAGGGAAAGCGUCGGCUCUGAACAAACACCAUCCAAGCAGGGAGGUGCUGGUUCGUUCCUGUCCGGGCUCUUAACGCCUCCUGCCAGCAACCUCCGCCAGGCUUCGUCCAACUCUAGUAGCCUAGCACCAACGAGUGGAAGACGCCCAUCGGAGACUCGACCCUUGAGAAACUACAACACAACACCCAAGCAACCGUCCGGGCGCGCGAGCCGAAUGCGUGAGCUUCCAAGUACUCCGCCUCUUCUCCGGCGAUCAAGCUAUGACCACGACGCCGAACCGACCGACUAUGCACACAGUUCGUUCCAUGAGGACACGGAAAGCACGGCUGACGGUCUGGUAUUAGCAUCACCGCGAGAGACAAUCGAUGGGCCUUUCGGACCUCAGAUCACAUCCCCAACCUCAUCAUCAUCUUAG